UUCAAUUUUAUCUAGUGAUGAAAUCUCAUAAUUUAAAAAUAAUUUAUGCAGCUGCCCUACCAAAAUAGAUCAAGAUAAAUUUAUUCUUACAUUUAUGAAUGUAUCUGUUCCUAAACAUACAAACCGAAAAACAACUAAUAGGAUGAAUCGGACAGUUACUAACUAUUUCAUACCAGCUUCAAAUGGUAAUAUGGUAAAAGUUUGUGGUGAAGCAUUUAGUUCUAUAACAUCUUUAACUAGACGAAGACUUGAUUUGGUCACCAAAACGUUUAAUAUCAAUCAUAGUAGUCCAGUUGAAAAAAGAGGGGGAUACCGUUUCAACCAUACUGCAAAUGAAAUAACACAGUCUAUUGAAGAUCACAUCAAACAAUUUAAAUGUCGUAAAAGUCAUCAUACUAGAAGAGAUACCGGUCGAUGUUAUUUGCAACCUGGUCUAAGUAUCAAGUACAUGUGGACACAUUGGACGAAAAAAAGGAUUUCUGAAAAAAAACCAACUAGUAGU